AUGGAUGUUGAUGGAUGUUAUACUAAGAUAUAUAGUAGAAAUGUUGAUGUUGCCCCCGAGGUAUGGUCCAUCAAAAAUGUCGUUUGUGGUAUCGUUUGCCUGCUGGCGCUUGCGUGGACAGCUCCAAAGUUUGGCCCAGAGGACUCCAAUGCCUUGCAAGAGCAGCUCGAUCAGAUUCACGAGAACCUGGGGCGGCAUGAUGUAAGCCAUUCCUUGGAGUCCAUUCAGGCGUGGAUGGCCCCAAGCUUUGAAGCCUUGCCGAAGUACAGUGCUUCCAGCGGGAUCGGUUCCAGCGCGAAGCCGCGGCUUCAGACCUUGGCGGCCAAGCACCUGUUGCAUAGCUAUUUCAAUUUGCACCAUGGUUUAAACAUCGAAGGUUUGCAGUCCUACAACUCCCAGCGAGAGCCCAAUCGACAGGCUCUGGCGGACUCGGCCUUGGUGAAGAGGUCCAACAAAUUAAGGGCCGCCUUGCAGGAGCGCGGCCUUAAGGGCCACUUUGAGUCCCCUCAGGGUUACAGCCUGUCAGAGCUGGCAAGUAUUGCGCUGCUACUACAGAGGCUGGUGAUGAAGGAGAUCCGGAUUACCUUCAAGACCACCGCCGGAAACGGCCGCAGGUGGCUUGGGUACAAGAGUGGGACCCGUGGGACCCGUUCGGCUCAGCGUAUCAUGCCUUCGGAAGAUGUGAUCAAAGCCUUCAAGAAGUUUGACAAGGAUGGCAACGGUGUGAUUAGCCGGUCCGAGCUGUCCAUGGUCCUGAAGAACCUCUCAGAUACCUGGGACGAUGAUUCCGUGGAGCGCCUGAUGAACAAGGCCGACAAGAACGGCGAUGGAGUGUUGCAGAUUGAGGAGUUUGUGAACUGGCUCUUUGCCGCCCUAGAAGUGGAUCCAACCUUGAAGGACGCGGCCAACUUGGUGGCCAGUUGCCCCGAAGAGCAGGGUAGGAUGAUUGGUGAGUUGUUCGCAUUCUUUGACAUCGACUCGGAUCGCUACUGGAACUUCAAGGAAGCCGACUACUGCGUGGUUGCAACCGAGGGGAAGCAUUUGGAUGAGUUCUCUUGGAAGCAGAUGCUACACGUGGCACCACCGGAGUUUGUGGACAAAGGCAAACAAGCGUUGUCUUUGGAGGGGAUGGUUUGGUAUUACUUGAAUCCUGAAUUCGAGUUCAACAUCGAGAAGGACUAUCUGAGUGUGUUUACCAAAGUGAAGAUGGUCCAGGAGCUCUUUGAUUUCUUCGAUUUAGACAAAGAUGGCUACUGGAAUUUCACCGAGUCCUGGGAAUGCUCCUUUGCGACAGAUGAAUCUGCGGGACAAAAUCACACAGAGGAGAUGUUCGCAUGGCUGGUGAAUGAGUUGAUGCCAGCAGAUGAGAAGAGCAAGGGGCUCUCUCGGAAAUGUGUGGUGGACGUCUACUGCCAGCCGAUGCAUUCCAGGUUCGAAAUGAACAUCGCCAAGGACCAUGAGGCCCUACAAGUAUACAAGAAAAAAUUGGCCACGGAGAUCUUUGAGAAUUAUGACGCGGACAAGGACGGCUAUUGGAACUUCCAGGAAGCUCAGAGUUGUAACAAGGAAACUGGAGAGACGACCUUCAAUGAAGAGGAAUACAUGACGAUGGUUGAGUUCAUGCAGCCGGGGAACGAGGACAAGAGCAAGGGACUCUCCAAAGAGACUGUUGUGAACUCAUACCUUGACCCCAAGCAUCAGCAGAAUGCCCUCAAGGAUCACAAGCGCGAGCUUCAUGAAGUCUUCUGUGCCGCCUUGGCUGUGGCGCAUGACUGGGACCAGGUCAUCAUAAAUCUGGAGUCUCUAAAACGCGGAGCACCUGCAGUUUUCCACGAGCGUUUUCGUAUCGGUCAAGAAUUUGCCACCGGCCACGUGAAGUCUUGGAGGAAUAUCAGGAAGUUUGUGACGAAGCUUUCGAGGAAAUCCUUGCGACCAGCACCGUUCUACUCCUUCAAGACCGCACUGCCCACCUAUCUUGCGCUGUAUAUGGGCUACGGCAACUAUCAGAAUUUUGAUUGUCGUGACAUGAAGACGCAGCUUUCUCGUCUGGAUAGUACUGGCAGCGGUCGGCUUCCUCUCAAGGCCUAUAGCAAAGAGCAUUCGUGGUUUCGAGAAUAUCCCAGCCUCGUCGGGUAUUUGCAUAAACUCGAAACUUUAGCCUCUUUCUAUCCCAAAUCUCCAUCUGUGGUGGUUACGAACUUUGUGGAUGGCUCUCACAACUGCGUAUCUGCGCAUUCACAAUUCGCCUUCUGCUGCAUCAGCGAAUGUACCAGCAUACUUCGCACCUAUGAGGCGGAAGUGCAGGCGCCAGAGGCUUCCCCAGAGGAAUUGCUUAGAAUCACAGCGAUGUCCAUGCCAUUUGUGAAUCUCACCGAUGCACUGGUGGUUCGGCUUCACAACAUCUCCAGCAUCACUGGUGGCAAAGUUCAUCUCCAUGGCCGGCUCUUUGCUGAAUGGCUCCAUGUUCUUGUGCCCUACAAAUGUCCAUGGCCCAGUCCGAGAUGGAGAGAGGACGAUCGGGCACAUUUGUCGAAUGCCCCUGUUGAUGGACGUGAAGUUCCGCUGGAAAGUUGGUAUAGCGAAAGCAUGCGAGAUCUUCAACGCUUGUUGGACGAUGGCAUUUGGACACCCGAUGUGCACUGGAGCGAUGACGAGCUGUUGCCAUUGUUUGAGGAACCACCUGAGCUACUGAAGACGAAGUGCGAGGUUUCGGUGAUUCACCUUUUAGUCCAGAUAGUUGUCAUUGCAGCGGGUUUAAACGACCUGAUUUGGCUAUGUCAUUGGUGGCACUUGCCAUCGCAAGGAUCGCCAGGUGCAGUUGAGGACACGAAGAAGGAGUUGAUGGACUCGGAAACAUCGCCAACGAAGAACACCACGAGUGGCAAGAGUUUGCAGCUCAAGGGGAGCGCUACCAAAAAGGACCAACCAAAGGCUCAAAAGAAAGCCAAAGCAUCAUCGAAGGGCAUUGCAAAAGAGAAAACUCAACGAAAUGCUGAGCAUCCUCAGGUUCCGUCCCAGAGAGGUGGUGAGCCUGACACACUCACGAAGAUAGCGCGGGAUGACAAGGAUGACGGUGGAAGUGGGAAGCUGAAGGUCAGGGAAGAUCAAGCCGAGGACUCCAGUGCCGUGGCCUCCAGAUCCACGGAUUCGGAGGAGGAGGUCGCCAUCACAAGCUCUGGCGCUUUCGAUCCAGGCGAAUUCGGCUCUGCUAUGUCCAAGGCCGCCGCUCGCGUGGCGACCUCCCGUGCAGCAGCUGCUGCCGCUGUGGCCGCCGUCCGGGAGCUGUCCUUCGCAGCUGGAGGCGCCGCGGCGCCGGGCACUUCGCCGGCCCAUCCGUCGGCCAACGCCGCGGUGAAGCGAGGCCUUGGAGUGUUGUAUCGCGCCGGGCGUUUGCUGACGCGGCGUCGCCAGGCGGAGAGCCAUCCCAGCUGGAGAUGUUCAACGACCGUCAUCCCUAGUGCUGUAAACCUAUGA